AUGGAAGCCGAAGAAGAAGAUGUUUUGAAGGUGAACGAGCCUUCGGUUCCGGUUCAAAAUGACGCUGUACUGUCUCCUGAAACACAGGAGGAGCUCCGGAGAACCGAGCCCCAAUGCAUGUCGGAGUCUUUACCCGAGCCCGAGCUCAAGCCCGAAACCGAGGGCUUCGGGCUCGGUGUUGAGGGGGAAUCUGAUGCGGUUCCAACAGAGGAUACUGAGAUUGUGGAGGAGCUGAAUGUCGCAGAAGGUCAUGGGACAGAGGAUACUGAGAUUGUGGAGGAGCUGAAUGUCGCAGAAGGUCAUGGGACAGAGGAUACUGAGAUUGUGGAGGAGCUGAAUGCCUCAGAAGGUCAUGGGACAGAGGAUACUGAGAUUGUGGAGGAGCUGAAUGUCGCUGAAGGUCAUUGGACAGAGGAUACCGAGAUUGUGGAGGAGCUGAGUGUCGCCGAAGGUCAGGUGACAGAGGAAACUGAAGUUGGGGCCGUGGAUGAAAAGGAUGAAAGGGGAUUGGAGACGGAGAAGGUGUUGUCCGAGGAAGGUGUUGUAGCUCACUCGGCAAAGGAGGCUGCUGAGAAGUCUAAUGUGGCUGAAGUGGCUGAGGAGACUGUCAUUUCAUGGAAGGACCAAGCAGAGGAAAAGACGGCCGAAGUGGAAGCGGAGGAGGCCGAAGUGGAAGCGGAGGAGGCCGAAGCAGAGGCUGAGAAGGUCCAAGCGGUGGGAGAGCAGGCUGAGGCAGAGGGUGAGAAGACUGAGGAAGAGGUGGAGGGAGAUGAUGAGGCAAAUGUGACGGACGUGGUGGCUGAGACCGACAUGGUGGAGGAGGUGGAUAUGGCUGAUGAUGCAAUGGAGGAGACAACUGAGGCAGAGGAGACAGAGGCAGCAGAGGAAGAAGCAGAAGGGAUGGAAGUAGAGGAGGAGGAGGAGGAUGAGGAAACGAAUAGGGCCGGCAGUGGCGGGAAGAGGAAGCGUGGGAAGAGUUCUAAGGCGACGAGUAAACUCCUCUCAAAGAAGAAGAUGGAAGAGGAUGUCUGUUUCAUUUGCUUUGAUGGGGGUGAGCUUGUACUUUGUGAUCGCAGGGGAUGUCCUAAAGCAUACCAUCCUUCAUGUGUUAAUCGUGAUGAGGCUUUCUUUCGGGCUAAGGGUCGAUGGAAUUGCGGUUGGCACCUUUGCAGCAACUGUGAGAAGAAUGCCCACUACAUGUGUUAUACAUGUACUUUUUCCUUGUGCAAGGGGUGUACCAAAGAUGCUCUCUUCUUAUGUGUUCGAGGAAACAAAGGCUUCUGUGAGACAUGCAUGAAAACUGUCAUGUUGAUUGAAAAGAAUGAGCAAGGAAACAAGGACACGAAUGAAGUUGAUUUUGAUGAUAAAACCAGCUGGGAGUACCUCUUCAAGGAUUAUUGGAUAGACUUAAAAGAGAGGUUAUCUCUAACGGUUGAUGAACUUGCUCAGGCCAAGAAUCCAUGGAAAGGAGCAACUGGACAUAAACAGGAGUCAUAUGAUGAACCUUAUGAUGUUAAUAAUGAUGAAGGGUCUGAGUCAGACAAUUCUGAGAAUUUGGAUUUGGCCAACUCUAAAAAAAGAAAGGCCAAGAAACGAUUGAGAACCCGUGGAAAGGGGAAGGAUUCAUCAAGUCUAGCUACAGCAACUGGCUCUGGAGGCCCAUCUGCAGAUGACAGUACAGGGUGGGGAUCAAAGGAACUCUUGGAGUUUGUUAUGCACAUGAGAAAUGGUGACAAGUCUGCUCUGUCUCAGUUUGAUGUCCAGGCUCUUUUGCUAGAAUAUAUAAAAAGGAACAAACUUCGUGACCCUCGCCGGAAAAGUCAGAUAAUUUGUGAUAUAAGGCUUCAAAAUUUAUUUGGGAAACCACGUGUUGGGCAUUUUGAAAUGUUAAAACUUCUGGAAUCCCACUUUCUUGUAAAAGAGGAUUCUCAGGCUGAUGAUCUUCAGGGGAGUGUUGUUGAUACCGAAGGCAAUCAGUUGGAGGCUGAUGGAAACUCUGAUACACCAGCAAAUCCAGUAAAGACAGGAGACGCAAAACACCGUAAUUUAGUGGAAGAUCUACUUGAUGAUCUGGAUAACUUUGGGGACAAGGUUGCUCAUUCUUUUGUCAGAAUUAGAAUUUCUGGUAGUGGUCAAAAGCAAGAUUUGUAUAGGCUGGUCCAAGUUAUAGGUACAUGCAAAGCUGCUGAGCCAUAUAAAGUUGGUAAAAGGAUGACAGAUAUCUUGCUAGAGAUAUUAAACUUAAACAAGACAGAGAUCAUUUCAAUUGACAUCAUCUCAAACCAAGACUUCACUGAGGACGAAUGCAAACGACUGCGUCAGAGCAUAAAAUGUGGACUUAUCAACCGGCUAACUGUGGGUGAUGUUCAAGAGAAAGCAUUGGCACUCCAAGCAGUCAGAGUCAAAGAUUGGUUAGAAACGGAGAUAGUGAGACUCAGUCAUCUUCGUGAUCGAGCUAGUGAAAAAGGGCGUAGGAAGGAAUAUCCUUAUCUUUUAAUGUUUAGUACAUUUUUGUUCACAAUUUUGCUUGGGGUGCCAUCUUUGCAAUUGCACCAAAAGUUGAUGCCCCAAAUACGUUUUACCAGUAUUAAAAUGACUAGGAAUAGGUAUGAAGUAAUCCUUAACUUCCUUUUCACGCUUAGAGAGUGUGUAGAGAAGUUGCAGCUACUGAAGACACCUGAGGAGCGCCAGCGUAGACUAGAGGAAACUCUAGAAAUACAUGUGGAUCCAAAUAUGGAUCCAAGUUAUGAGUCUGAGGAAGAUGAAGGUGAAGGAGAUGAUAAAAAACAAGGUCGCAUUCAACUUCUUCUUUCAAUUCAUGCAGAAAGUUAUAUUAGACCUACAGGUUCGGGCUUUGGAAGGAAGGGGAGGGAGCCAAUCUCUCCACGAAGAGCAGGACCUUCUUCAAAUGAUUCCUGGAGUGGGACAAGGAAUUUUUCCAGUAUGAAUCGGGAGUUAAGCAGGAACAUGUCAAAUAAAGGGUUCUUCAACAAAGCAGAAAAUACAAGUGCAGCUGGUGAGAUAGUAAAUGAUUCGUGGGGUCAUGGAAGAGACAGAGAAACACAGCAAACAAACCACUGGGAGAAGAAACAAAAUAUUUCAAGUUUAGAAACUGGUGUUAGGAGUACACAGUCUCCGGUACCAUCUGAAUCAUCUCCUGCUGGGGGGUCAGAAAAUUCAGUGGCGCAUCUCUCCACUGGUGUAGCACAAUCUGCAGUCAAUGAAUCAGAAAAAAUUUGGCAUUACAAGGAUCCUUCUGGAAAAGUCCAGGGACCAUUUUCCAUGGUACAGUUGCGUAAAUGGAAUCACACUGGCUAUUUCCCUGCCAACUUGAGAGUUUGGAAAAACACUGAGAAAGAAGAAGAUUCUAUACUGGUAACUGAUGCAUUGGCUGGAAAGUUCCAGAAAGACCCUUCAUUCGUUGACAGCAGUUUUCCAAAGGCUCAAAUGGUGCACAAUUCACAUCUCUCACCUGUACAUUCUGGGAAGUCUCAAGGAGCUCUCUUUCAGCGAGGUACAGAAGGCCAAGCGGGAGGAGUAAGUUGGGGAUCUCAAAAUGAAAUUAAUUCUUCCUCAGGCAGAGGUACUCCACAAUCAGUUGAGGUCCCCAAGUAUUCUUCAGAUGGUUGGAGCACAACAAACCUUCCCUCACCUACUCCAUCCCAAACUCCAUUGGGUGGGGCAAGGGGGCAAGCUUACGAAAGUAAUUGGUCACCCAGCCCUGCUCAUCCAGGUGGCUCUGUCUUGGGAGGCAACGGAGUGCUGCAACCUACUGCAGUAGUUACUCCAGAAAGUGCACUGCGAGCUUCUGGAAAUGAUCGCUCAAGUUCUCUUCCUGGCAUUAAUGUAGGCCCCAAGUCUGAAAAUGCUACUCUUCUGGGCUCUACAACUGCUCUUCGAAUGCAUGGUCAAGUAACAGGGUCAGCGCCUGUAUUGUCCAAUGCCUCAAUGAAUCAAGUAGCUGAUGUGAAUAACCUAGUUUCAAAUCUGCAAAAUCUGGUUCAGUCAGUGACUAGUCGUGCUCCUGCCAGCGAUGCUCGAGGAUGGGGUUCUGGUUCAGUUCCGAAACAGGAAAUGACUGCCUCCGGCCCAGUACCUGGGAGUGAAUCUCAACCCUGGGGAGGUGCUCCCUCUCAAAGGAUAGAACCAAAUAAUGCUGCUACUGUGCCUGCACAACAUCACACCCAUGGUUACUGGAAUAAUGCUCCAUCUACCAACAAUGCUCCCUCAUCUAUGAACACAGGGAAUUUAGCUGGAAAUUUCCCUACAUCAGGCUUCCCAGGUGUUCCGCACUCUGAUCCUUGGAGACCCCCAGUUCCGAGUAAUCAUACAUACAUUCAGCCUCCAGCACAACCACAGGCACCUUGGGGCGUGGGAGUUCCAGAUAACCAAAGUGCCGUGCCAAGAACGGGGCAAGAGAAUCAAAAUACUAGUUGGGUGCCAAUGGCAGGAAAUCCAAACGUGACCUGGGGAGGACCAGUGCCUGGUAAUACAAACAUGAACUGGGGACCUCCGAGUCAAGGUCCAGGAUGGACUGCACCCGGCCAAGGUCCCGUACCUGGAAAUGCAGUGACUAAUUGGGUCCCACCUGGUCAAGGCCCACCAUCGGUAAGUGCAAAUCCAGGUUGGGCUCCACCUGGUCAAGGGCCAACUGUUGGGAAUGCCAAUCCUGGUUGGAGUGCACCCAAUGCAACUCAGAAUGGAGAUAGGUUCUCAAAUCAAAGGGAUCGAGGUUCUCAUGGUGAUCCUGGUUUCGGUGGUGGCAAACCUUGGAAUAGGCAGUCGUCUUUUGGUGGUGGAGGAGGUGGGGGAGGAGGUUCUUCCAGGCCUCCUUUCAGAGGGCAGAGAGUGUGCAGGUUCUUCGAAAGUGGUCACUGCAAGAAGGGCGCAUCGUGCGAUUAUUUGCACCCGGACCAUUAA